CUGAGCGACGAGAGCGGCGCGCUGGACUCGCUCAUGUCGCGCCUUGCGCACGUCUACAACAGCCUCUCCUUCAAGGAGCUGGAGCUCGCGCGCGACGCCGCGCCCGGCACCCCCUGCGCCGCGCGGUUCUCCGAAGACCAGAAGUGGUACCGCGCCGAGCUGUGCUCGGUGGCGCCCCCCGACGUCGUGGUGAGCUUCGUCGACUACGGAAACAGCGAGGCGGUCGAGGCCGAGAGCCUCAAGUCGCUGCGGCGGGAGUUCGCAGCGCUGCCGCGGCAGGCCGUGCGCUGCGAGCUCGCCGGCGUGCGCCGCGGCGCGGACGUCUCGCGCGUCGCCGACCCGCACGUCGACGCGGCGACCCCGCUCGCGAUGGAGGUCGUCGAGGUCGGGCGAGACGCGGUUGUCGUCUCGCUGCGCGACCCGGCCACCGGCGCGUGCCUCAACCGCGAGCUCGGCGCGGCGGCGGCGACGACGCCCGAGCCGGAGGAGGGGAUCCCACUGCCGCCACUCGCGGAGGUGGAGAGCGUGUACGUGACGGCGGUCGAGGGUCCGGCGCGCUUCCACGGACAGCUGACGAAGCUGCCGAGCGAGGGGCUCGAGGAGUUCCAGGAGCGGCUGUACGCUCACUACGAGCGCGGCGGCGAGCCGGGGCUGUUCGAGGACGGUGGCGCGCACGUCGGAGACUUCUGCGUCGUCCGAUUCUCGCUCGACGACGGGUGGUACCGCGGGCGCGUGCUGCCGUCGGACGGCGGCGGGGAGGCGCACGUGCGAUUCGUCGACUACGGCAACGCGGAGCGACGUCCGCCGCGGCUCGUGCGGCACAUCGCGCGCGAGUUUCGCUCGUUCCCGCAGCACGCGAUCGAGUGCGAGCUGGCGUCGCCGCCUCAGGGCCUCGCCGGGGCCGAGCUGCGAGCGCUGCUGCAGGACAGCACGAUCGAGGUGCGCGUCGUCGCCCGCGGCAACGCCAACGACGCCACGUGCACGGUCGAGCUCACCGACAAGGACUCGCUCGGCUCGUCGGCGCCCCCUGCCACCGCGUCGUUCACGGCCGUCGCGGUCCGAGAGGGCACCAACGAGGAGGUCGCCGUCGUGCACCUGAACGGCCCGGAGGAGAUCUACGUCCAGCUGCUGCGGUCGUCCGACGACCUGCAGGCGACGAUGCGGCGUCUGCAGGCGUACGGCGACGCCGCGAAACCCGGGGACGCCAUCGCGGGCCGCCCGCCUCCGAACGCGACCUGCGCCGCGCGCUACUCCGCCGACGACAUGUGGUACCGCUGCCGCGUCGUUGCGGCGACGCCGUCCGGCGAUGCCGACGUCUGCUUCGUCGACUACGGCAACGUGGAGCGCAUGCGCGCCGGCGCGUUGCUGCGCCUGCCGGCGGAGCUGCUGUCGCUGCCGGCGCAGGCGGUGCGCUGCAGCCUGCGCGGCACCGCCGGGAUGACGGGGCGGCGCGACGAGCUCGCGGAGAUGAUCGCGGACGAGGUGGUGACGGCGCGCUUCGUGGAACGCUCGCGCGAUGGAUACGUUGUCGAGAUGACGGACGCGCGCGGCGGCAGCGUCAGCGAGCGCUACCGCGAGAAGACUCAAGCGCCGGCGGCGCCACAGCAGCAGCAGCAGCCUGCGGAGCGACCCCCGACGAAGCCCCAGGUCAUCUCGUCCGGUCCCUGGCAGGGAGAGUCCGGCGGGAGGCCAUCCAACUCGAGUAGAAACGCGCCUGACGCCGGUAGCUGGCCGUCCAACUCGAGUAGAAACGCGCCUGACGCCAACAGCUGGCCGUCCAACUCGAGUAGAAAUGCGCCUGACGCCGGCGGCAGAGCGUCCAACGCGAGUAGAAGUGCGCCGGACUCCGGCUGGGACAAGCGCAUGGACGUCAGGAGGGGCGACCAUGACUAUCGCACGGAGGACCAUAACCACGCCCGCGCGGCUCCAUCUGGCGGCCGAGCCGACAGCCGCGACUGGAGGCGGCCGGACGCGGACGACGACUGGGAGAGCGGCGACACGACG